GCUGGCCCGGGAGCCGAGAGCGGCGCGGGCGCGCGCGCAGCUGCUGCGCCAGAGUCGGGGCCAGAGGACGAAGAUCCGCGUGGGAUCGAUCGGCAGGUCCCAGGCGGACUGAGGUCAGAGCCUCUUUUUCAGCUUCUGCCAGAGCCAGUAGCAGUUGGGAAAGAAGGCUGUGCUCUUUGAAGUCCCCUGCAGGUGUCAGCCAGCCCGAAAGAGCAAGAUGGAUCUUGACGUAGUUAACAUGUUUGUGAUCGCGGGGGGGACGCUGGCCAUCCCGAUCCUGGCCUUUGUAGCCUCGUUUCUCCUGUGGCCUUCUGCACUGAUAAGAAUCUACUACUGGUACUGGCGGAGGGCGCUGGGCAUGCAGGUCCGCUACGUCCACCAUGGCGACUAUCAGUUCUGCUACUCUUUCCGUGGCAGGCCUGGCCACAAGCCUUCCAUCCUCAUGCUCCACGGAUUCUCUGCGCACAAGGAUAUGUGGCUCAGCGUGGUCAAGUUCCUACCAAAGAACCUGCACUUGGUCUGCGUGGACAUGCCAGGACAUGAGGGUACCACCCGCUCCUCUCUGGAUGACCUGUCCAUAGACGGUCAAGUCAAGAGGAUACACCAGUUUGUAGAAUGCCUGAAGCUGAACAAAAAACCCUUCCACCUGAUUGGCACCUCCAUGGGCGGCCACGUGGCUGGGGUGUAUGCUGCCUACUACCCAUCAGAUGUCUGCAGCCUGUCUCUUGUGUGUCCUGCUGGCCUGCAGUACUCAACUGAUAAUCAGUUUGUACAGCGGCUUAAAGAACUGCAGGAGUCAGCCACCGUCGAGAAGAUUCCUUUGAUCCCAUCCACCCCAGAAGAGAUGAGUGAGAUGCUCCAGCUCUGCUCCUACGUCCGCUUCAAGGUGCCCCAGCAGAUCCUGCAAGGCCUGGUCGACGUCCGCAUCCCUCAUAACAACUUCUACCGAAAGUUGUUUUUGGAAAUCGUCAACGAGAAGUCGAGAUACUCCCUCCAUCAGAACAUGGACAAGAUCAAGGUUCCGACGCAGAUCAUCUGGGGUAAACAAGACCAGGUGCUUGAUGUGUCUGGGGCAGACAUGUUGGCAAAGUCAAUCGCCAACUGCCAGGUGGAACUCCUGGAAAACUGUGGGCACUCGGUGGUAAUGGAGAGACCCAGGAAGACAGCCAAGCUCCUCGUCGACUUCUUAGCUUCUGUGCACAACACAGACAACAACAAGAAGCUGGACUGAGGCCCUGACGGCAGCCUGCGCUCUGCACCCAGCAUCCACUCCUGUCUCCCAAAUCUGACGUGGCCACCACUUCUCAGGGAUCCUGCCCCAAACGUGGUGGGAGCAGCCACCUGAGGAAGCCAGUGCCCCGGCCCCAGUCUCUACAGAUCCACAGAGCUUCAAGGGCCACGAGGAGCGCUCCAAGAUGUUUUUUGCAAAAUGCAAACUCAUGUGGAACAAAAUAAGAAAACCCAUCCAUGAAAUCUACCCAGAAGUCCUCAGGUUCACGUCGCUAAGUGCCCACCCCGGACCACAACCACUGAGGACAUUUUCUCUGAGAUGCUCCUUACAGACUGAGACUCGAGGUAUUUCUGUCGCUUUAGACACUCUCCCCUGCAUGGUCCGUGGCUGUUUUAGGAGCAUUAGUCCCCAUUCACCAAGCCCCUCUUGUUUAUCUCUAAUUUAAGUUUUACUUAGAGUCCCACACAUGAAGGAAGUGCAUCAGCUGCAAAACCAGGGAGGAGCAUGGCAGCCUGUAGGAAAUACUUACACACGCAGAAGGGCAUGUGCUGCCUCAGCCAGCUCGGGGCUGCGGGAAGCACAGGUGGGUGACUUGAUUGGCACCCUCGUGUCAGAUAUGUUGCAAGUGAACCCCGAAAGCUGCAGGAGGAAGAACAUUGGUGGGGGGGGUUCCUGGGAUAAUUUAUUAUCUUUAAAAACAGGACUAAUAAAGCAAUAACGUUGUAGACAUCUAUCUAAAUAGUCAGACUCGAGUUCCACUCACAAGCACCUCGUGGGCCUCUUUUCUAUCUUGCUGAGCUACUGAAAACCCUUGGACGUACAAUAUUAGCUUGUUAAUGAAUUCUGUGAAUUCUGUGGACAAUAAUGUGAUUGAAAAUAAGUCUAAACAGCUGUAAAAGUGACCACAAUGACAUGAAAUAAAUUCAAUCAGUCUAGA